AGACCUGGAAGCAGUGUCACCACGUGACUCCUGGCGGAGGCCUGCUGUUUGUUCAGCCAGGGAGGCAGAGAAGAAAAAUGGCGGCUCAAGGCGAACCCGAACGGGACGCCGGGCAAACGUUUUGAGCAUUUGCUCCGGAAAAGGCACGGGGUCUUCACGGGCUUUCUGCACCGUUGGAAUCUUCGCCGGCUCGGCUUCGCGUCGGUAUAGUUUUCGCUCGCCUCCGCGUGUGCCAAAUACCCGCAAAAAUUGGCACCGCAAAAUAAAAAGAUUUCGCCUAUCAUGAGAGGGAAAAGGGGCAGGCCGCCCAAACCGCUGCACACCGAGGAGCCGUCCCCGGCUUCGACCCGGGGCUUGAGACCCAGGAGGAAUUUGAAACCGCGGUUCAGAGAUAGCGGGGACGAGGACGCCGACAGCCCCACCAGGGAGACCCCCAAGCCGAGCAGAAAGAGGAAAGGGGGACCCGUAACGUCAACACGGGGAAGGGGACGUGGUAGAGGCGGCGGUGGUGGCGGCAGAGGAGGGAGAGGUGGUCGGGGAGGAAGGCGGACGGCUGCCUCCAAAACGGUGGUCUACGACGACCACGAGAGCGAGGAAGACGACGACGCCGUCAGCCUGAGGUCGGAGGAGGACGAGUUUGUUGAGGAGGAACCUCAGUCCGAGGAGGACGAGGCCCUCAAGGAGGACUCCGACUGCCUGGAAGAUGAUGUCCUGGACGAGGAAGAGGAUGAUGCCAGCUACUGCACCGAGAGUAGCUUUCGGAGUCACAGCACGCAUGCCAGCACCCCCGGAAGGAAAAAAGUGCGGGCUCCCCGACCUCGGACUCCAAUCCUCGAGGAAAAGAACAUACCUCCUCUACAGCUCCCGGACACCUCUGAGGAUCUCUUGGUGCCCGGCGUGGAGCUGCUCAACGCCGCGUCGGUCUAUGAGGUCAUACAGAACUUUAGCACGGUGCUGCGUCUCUCCCCCUUCCGCUUCGAGGACUUCUGUGCGGCGCUGGCGGGCCAGGAGCAAUGCACGCUGAUAGCAGAGACGCACAUAUCCCUGCUGAAGGCCAUUCUGCGGGAGGAGGACUCCUCCAACACCACCUUCGGCCCGGCCGACCUCAAAGACAGCGUCAACUCCACCCUGUACUUUAUCGAUGGCAUGACGUGGCCCGAGGUCCUGCGGUCGUACUGCGAGAGCGACAGGGAGUACCACCACGUCUUGCCCUACCUGGAGGUGGACGAGUACCCCUUCGGUCCGCUCGAGAGCAAGAUCAAGGUGCUGCAGUUCCUGGUGGACCAGUUCCUCACCACCAACAUCGCCCGCGAGGAGCUGAUGUCCGACGGCAGCAUGCAGUACGACGACCACUGCCGCGUGUGCCACCGCCUGGGCGACCUGCUGUGCUGCGAGACGUGCUCGGCCGUGUACCACCUGGAGUGCGUGAAGCCCCCGUUGGAAGAGGUGCCGGAGGACGAGUGGCAGUGCGAGAUCUGCGUGGCUCAUAAGGUGCCCGGGGUCACGGACUGCGUGACGGAGGCGCAGAAAAUCAGGCCCUACAUUCGCCAGGAGCCCAUCGGAUACGAUCGCCACCAGAGGAAAUACUGGUUCCUCAUUCGAAGGAUUAUUGUCGAGGAGGACGGGGAGCACGAGAAGAAAAAGAUUUGGUACUACAGCACCAAGGCACAGCUGGAGGAGCUCAUCGACUCCCUGGAUAAGGAAUACUGGGAAACGGACCUCCACGCCACCCUGGAGGAGAUGAGGGAGGAGGUGCAAGGGCACAUGGACAUCACAGAGGACCUGACCAGCAAAGCUCGCGGAAACAGCAAAGCCUACCUCACAGCCGUCAAUGAUGUGGUCACGGAGCGGUUGAAGGUCAGGCGAGGGGAGCAGGAAGCACAGAGGCGUGUCGAGGAGGCAGGAGGGAGCUCUGCCAAUCCAGCUGAGGACAAUGUUGAGCUCUCUUCGCAGGCCGAGGACAAAGAUGCCCAAGCGGUGGAAAGCGCUGGCUCGCGAGGGGAGGGACCGGCAUCGGACAACCCCGCCAGCCAGGACGCAGCUGGACCUAAGACGGAGUCACUUGAACCGGCAAAUGAAACGCAGGCUGCUCCCUCUGAGAGCCCGGAGAGCAGGGAAUCUCCUCCAGGGGCACAGCAGGGAAGGACAGACGAGGACCAGAAAUCCGAGUGCGACGGUGGAGCUGCACGCCACGAUGACUCACAGGCACCGCCGGCAGACCGGGCCGAGCCUCACUCAGCGGCGGCUGGCGACGGCAGCCAUGUUUCCGGACCCGAGAGCCAGAAGAAAUGGCAGCCUGACCUGGCCGACAGGUCCUCCCGGUCCUCUUUUACCAGCCACGAUGGAGCAGAGGAAUGCUCUGAGAGGACCAACCAGGAAACGACUGCAGGUGAAGAAUCAAAGAACCAAGAGUCCUCUCCCGCGUUCUCCGACGGGGAUUCUUCACGCCUAAGCUACCUAAAAAGGGAGCUGACGGUCAACAUGAACAACCUAUUCAAACUUGGCCAGGAGGGGAAAUACAGGGUCUACCACAACCAGUACAGCACCAACACGCUGGCGCUCAACAAGCACCAGCACCGGGAGGACCACGACAAGCGGCGCCACCUCUCCCACAAGUUCAGCCUGACCACGGCGUCCGAGUUCAAGUGGAACGGCUCCAUUUACGGGUCCCGCAGCCUGACCGUCUCCACGCUGCGCCUGACCAUCAUCCAGCUGGAAACCAACGUCCCCGGCCCCUUCAUGCACCCCAACUGGGCGUCGCACAGAACCAACUGGAACAAAGCGGUGCAUAUGUGCAGCAAGGCCAGGGAAUUUGCGCUGGCCUUGGCCAUACUGGAGUGUGCCAUCAAGCCAGUGGUGAUGCUGCCUGUGUGGAAAGAUUCUCUGGGACACACCAGGUUGCACCGCAUGACCUCCAUUGAGCGUGAAGAGAAGGAAAAGGUGAAGAAGAAAGAGAAAAAGCUCGAGGACGAGGAGACGUUGCAGCAGGCCACCUGGGUGAAGUACACCAUCCCCAUCAAACACCAGGUGUGGAAGCAAAAGGGGGAGGAGUACAGAGUCACGGGAUAUGGCGGCUGGAGCUGGGUCAGUAAAACGCGUGUGCCGCGUUUUGUUCCGAGGCUCCCAGGAAACACAAACGCCAACUACCGCAAAGACCUGGAGGCUAAACUGAAAAAGGAAAACGCAGCCGCCGGCGCAGAUGCACAGAAACGGUUGGACGAUGAGCCGAAGGAGCAAGCCUCCGUCCCCAAAUCGCCCCAGAGCACUUCCUCGGCAGAUGAUGGCAAACCUCGAACCACAGCAGAGGAGGAAAAAGCUGCGAAUACGGAGCAGGAAGCAAAAGCUGAAGAGAAGGAAGAAGAUGAGAAAAUGGAGGUCGAUACCUGCCCGAAAAGUUCUCCUAGUGACUGUAAAGAUGAAGAUGAAACCCAACGUCCUUUCUCAGCUGUUGAAGAAAAAGCGACCCAUCUAUCUGAGCAGCCCGAGACGGACAGGAGCUCCAUGUCCAAAAUCUUCGCCGACGUUGUGAAUGUCAGCGAAGGCUUCCAGCUGCGGACGGCUUACAAGAAGAAGGUGAAGCCGUCCAAGCUGGACGGACUCCUGGAGCGCCGGGUCAAACAGUUCACCUUAGAGGAGAAGCAGCGACUGGAACGGAUGAGACAGGCGGCCCUAACAUCCAAAGCUGCUUCUGCCAAACCCACAGCGGUGGUUAAGACCGAAGGGUCAGCACUGAGCAGGCAGCUUGCUCUGACCCCGACUGUUAAAGCGGAGGAGGAGGAGAGCCCCCAAGGCAAAGACCAGGUGGUCAAAAAGCUGGACUUUGAGCAGGAGGGCGCAAAAACCGACAACACGGCCGUCAGAUCGGAUGCUGCAGCACCUAGCAACAGCAAUGCGGCUGAGCUGAAUGACCUGCAUGGGAGCGAAGGGGAAGCCUGCACUCACAAAGAAGUGAAUGGAGCACCCGAACCCCAUCGGGAAAGCAACUGUAUACCCGGGAUGAUGGAAAACAGCGAGAGAUCCCAAAAGCCCGAGGACGUCCGAGUGGGAGAGAACCCAAAGAAACGCGGCUAUGAGGAAAUGGAGCAAAGCAGCGGCCAGACCGACGCAGAAAAGGCGGAGGGAACCCAAAGCAAGACCAGCGUAUCGCAGGUAAAUGGGAAAAACAUCAGCUCUGACACCAACCCUGAAAUCGAAGGUGAUAAGAAGGAGCCUCAGAAAGAGCCCCUAAGGUCUCUGAUGAACGGGAACCUCUCGCAAAACGACAUGUCCAACAUAAGUCACCCGCCUCCCCUCAAAGUCCCAAAAUUAGAGAACCACGUGGAGGAGAAAGGAAACUCUGCAGCUGUGAAGAGCGAGAGUGAGAUUGCGUCUCCAAAAACUGAAUUGUCAAGCCCUUUCUGCCCUAAUAGUAACAAUACAGAUAGCUGCUCUGUUAGUGAGGGGUCAAAGACCUCUGUCACUAAUACCCCCUUGAAGGAAUGUCCGAAUCCCCCGCUUCACAACGCAUCCAACAGCAGUAACAAGCCUGAGAUAGCGCCUCAGGCAGUCCCGUCCCUCACCGCUUCCACCCAGCCGAGCUCAGGAACGGCCGUCCCCCCGAAGAAGAAACCCGCCGACAGCAGGACGGGCUCCUCCGCCGCCACGCCGGCCGGCUCUAUGACCAUUAGCAAAGAGUACACCACCAGAGACAGAGUCAGCCUUCUCAGAUUUUCCAAGUCCAAGAAGUCGCGCUCGGGCACGGCCCUCCCGUCCUACCGCAAAUUUGUCACCAAAAGCAGCAAGAAGAGCAUCUUCGUCCUGCCAAAUGACGACCUGAAGAGGCUGGCGAGGAAGGCGGGCAUCAGAGAGGUCCUAAUUUUCAACUACAGCGCCAAACCGGCCCUGGAUAUAUGGCCUUACCCUUCACCUCGGCCCACAUUCAGCAUCACAUGGAGGUACCGUCUGCAGACAGUGAGGUCAUUAGCCGGGGUCAGCUUGAUGCUGAGGCUGCUGUGGGCCUGCCUGAGGUGGGACGACAUGGCCGUGAAACCCUCCGCGGCUGUAGGGACAACUCGGAAAGAAACCACAGACACCGACAUCAUCACAACAGAGAUCAUAAAACGAAGAGAUGUGGGGCCCUAUGGCAUCUUCUCAGAGUACUGCAUCAGGAAGAUCAUCUGUCCGCUCGGAAACAGAGACACUCCCAAAGCAGAAACCCCCACUCCACAGAGGAAAGGUCUGCGCUCAAGUGCCCUGAGGCCAAAGAAGCAGGAACCGGCCAAGCUGACUGGACCUGUAGCUGUAGAGACCUGGGUGGCCGAAGAAGACCUGGAGCUGUGGGAGAUCAGAGCUUUUGCAGAGAAAGUGGAGAGGGAGAGGUCACAGGGCAUAGAUCCCUCCAAGAGCAGCACUACUCUGAGGACAGCAGAAGAGGUGAAAGCCCAUUUGGAGAAUCAGCUGAAGCAGGCCAGACUGGCCGCUCAGCAGAAACGUCUCGAGCAGCAGAGACUAGGCGCUACUACCACCACUUCCACAACGACCACCUCCACAGCCGUCACUCCCAUCACCCCAGCUCCUACCGGCCAGAGGACGGGUCAAGUGACGCCGGGCGCCAAGAUGGUGCUGGCCUCCAAACUGGGCUCCCCGGUUCAGUUCCAGCAAGACAAGAACUUCCAGCAGUCUUUUGCUUCUUGGGUGAAACAGGGUCAAAACAACAACAACAACAGCAGCAGCAGCAAUUCUGGUGUAGUUCAGCAGAAAGUGCUGGGCAUUUUCCCCUCUGGGCCUCCCGCAAACUUGAGAACAUACAGCACACUACACCCCACCACUGGCAACAUCAACCUCCGAGCUGCGAACUCGGCCUCCACCACUCAGCAGCAGGUGACCACAGCAGGGAGCAAAACGCAGCCUGGCAUUGCAGGAAACCAGGCACUUACCCCAUCUACCUCUGUGGGCACCAUGGUCAGAAGUCCAGUGGUUCCACAAGGUCAGCCCCAGCUGGCACAAAUGGGAAGCACUGGAGCCGUCUCCGGUUCUCCCUCCACUGCGGGUGCAGCGUCGUCCCCAUGUGCUGCCAGCACCGCCCCCGGGCAGUCUCCUGCUUCAUCUCAGCCCCAAAGGCCACAGCAGGGUCAAGUAAAACUCACCAUGGCCCAGCUCAUGCAGCUGACACAAAGCGCACAGGGAGGGAACCCAGGUCUGACAGUGGUGAUCCAGGGUCAAGGCCAGACCCAGGGCCAGCUUCAAAUCAUCCCACAGGGGGUUACGGUCAUCCCUGGUCCCGGUCAGCAACUAAUGCAGGCAGCCAUGCCCAACGGCCAGGUCCAGCGCUUCCUCUUCACUCCUGUUCUUCCAUCCUCCUCAGCUGCCACCUCAGCUCCCACUGCCUCUCCCCCUCCGAAUCCCAUAACUGUCCCCCAAACUCAGCCAUCAACUCCAGCUCCAGUGAGAAUCCCCGCACAAGUGCAGACAACUCCCUCGGCCUUGGCCCAAACGCAGAUGUCGGCCCCUCUGCCCGCCCCCAUGCACGUUCCGAGCCCAUCCCAGAGUUUAAGCCCCAGCUCGGUUCCUGUUCCCAUGCAGGUCCAAAGCGCCGCUCCCGCGGCCGCUCCGCCAACACCUGAAGCUCAGGCCUCCCCGCAAACCCAAUUUUCACCCCCCACGCCAUUGCAGUCUCAGCUGUCCAUUCCGGUGCCGGCUUCUUCGCAGCCUGCCCAACAGGCUUUGACCCCCGCGCCACCAUCGGCGCCGAGACCCGUCACCGCCUCGGCACAGAGUGCAACCCCGGCUCUGAUUCAUCAUCAAACCCAAGCCAUCGCUCAAACACCGGCCUCCACCUUUACACCCGCACAUUCCCAGCCGACAUGUGCGCUCCCUGUCCCACCACAGGCCGUCCCCCAGCCCCAAAUCCCGCCACAGUCCCUCAGCCUGACCCAAGGUUUGACCUCCACCCCUGUCCAGAUUCAAGUCCCCGCCGCUUCUCCUGCUGUGACCCCGGCGUCGGUCAGGUUUGCCGGCCAGGCCACUGCCACAGCAGCGGCCAUCAGCUCAACCCACAUGCCUAUUUCUGCCUCUUUGCCUUCCCCCGUCAGAGCUCCAACCCCGGCCCUCGCCCCCAUCAUGGCCGUCGCUUCCACCCAAAUUGCCGUCCCGCCUGCAGCUAAAGCCCUGACCCAAAUCCCCGCAGCAGCUCCCGCUCCUCUUCAUGCCGCCGUGGCCAGCGCUGUGGUCACACCUGUCACAGCCACCUCCACAACACCCUCAGUGCCAGCAUUGAUAGAGCAGCGGGCGGCCCCGCCCCAAGUUUGGAUUCCAGCAUCAUCCCAAGCUCAGACUUCGGUUCAGACAGCUCAGCAGGUCACCACUCCAGUUACACCACCUGCCUUGCCUUCCAUACCUGCCUCUCCCCCCGUAUCUGUUGCCACACAUUCCCCCAUCACUCUCUCGCCUCAGGCAUCCCUGACUCCUCAGUCUCAAGCACAAGUUCAUCAACCGGCCGUUGUGUCCGUGCAGCAGGUGUCGCACAUGCCCAUCUCAGCGAUGCAGGUUCACAUGAAGGGGUUACCGGUUUCCCCUGUGGUGUCGGCAGUGAUACCCACGCAGCCUCAGCUCCAGCCCCAGACCCACAAUCAGCAUCACCCCCAGGCACAAGCCCAAAUUUGUGCACAGUUCCAGGUCCAGCCCUCCGGUCAAGCCCAGCAAGUCCACAUUCAGCCUCAAGCGCAUCUCCAGCCGCAAGCUCAAAUUCAGCCCCAGGUUCAGGUCCAGCUUCAGCCGCGGGCACAAAUUCAGCCGCAAACCCAACAACCACCUCAAGGCCAAGCGCAGCCCUUUACUCCGAUUCAACCUCAGGUGCAGUUCCAGUCCCAAACCAAAAGCUUGCCCCAGCUCCAAUCCUCAGCCCAAGCCCAGCUCCAGCCACGGAUCCAACCUCAGUACCAACCCCAGGUACAGGCGUCUUUUCCAACACAACCUCAAACGCAGCCUCAGGUCCAGUCUCAGGCCCAAAGUCAGCUUCAGCCACAGGCGCAGAUUCAGGUCCAGCUCCAGCAGCAGAACCAGAUCCAAGCUCAGGCCUCGCCACAACCGCAGGUUCACGUUCAAGCUCAAGUCCAAGCCCAGCCCCAGUUCUCUGUUCAGUCACCCCAGCAGGCCCAAGUCCCACAGCAGCUUCAGGUCCAAGCGCACGGCCAAGUCCAGGCCAAGCUCCAAGUCCAGUUCCAGCCUCAGACCACAUCUCAAGUUCAAACACAGCCUCAGCUUCAGGUCCAGUCCCCAAUCAGGCAUCAACUCAUCACCGUUCCCGGCCUCCAGCAGCCGGUUCAGCUGCUCUCAGCCCUGCCGCCCCAUGUGGCCGCCCAGAUCCAAGCCCAGAUCCAGGCCCAGCAGCAGGGCGGGGCAGUUCCCCAGCAGAUCAAACUGCAGCUGCCUAUCCAGAUCCAGCAGCCAGGGGGGCAAAUUCAGACCCACCAGCUGCAGAACAUGGUGACCAUACAGGCCCCGUCCAGCGUUCAGGAGCAGAUACAGAGGCUGCAACACCAUCAGCAGCAGCUACAACAACAGCAGCAGCAGCAGCAGCAACCAAAGAAGAAGAAGCAUCUGGAGGCUAAAAGGGAACAGAAGGAGCAGAACACACAAGUGGUCAGUCCCAAGGACGGCAUCCUGAAGCAGGUGGUGGCGAAGCAGAACGCUUCAGCCGAACAGCUGAAACAGAAGAAGAGCCUGGCCGCCGCCGAGCGAGAGGGGAACCAGAGAAUGAUUGUGUGCAACCAGGUGAUGAAGUUCAUCCUGGAUAAGAUCGAGAAGGACGAGAAGCAGGCGGCCAAAAAGAGGAAGAAGGAGGAGGUGGUGGAGCAGAAACGCUCCAAGCAGAACGCCACCAAGCUGACGGCUCUGCUGUACAAGCAUAAGGAGCAGCUGAAGGCUGAGAUCUUAAAAAAGAGGGCCCUGCUGGACAAGGAGCUGCAGCUUCAAGUACAGGAGGAGCUGAGGCGGGAUCUAGCCAGGCUUCAGAGGGAAAAGGAAAAGGCCCGUGCUGCCAUCGCCCAGGCCGCCGCCGCGACGGUCAAGGCGGCGUCGGCCCACUCGUCCCAGCCCCCUCACUCCACACAUUCCCCCCACAGCACCCACACAGUCCCCACGGCCCCCUCGGCCCACAAACGCAAGAAAGAAGAGGAGAGGGACGCGGACAAAAACCGGGACCGAGACCGGCACCACGACAAGAGCAAGAAACGCGACAGGGACAAGGAGAAGGACAAGGAGAAGGACAAGGACCGGCACAGAGAAAAGGACCGAGAGCGGGACAGAGAGCGGGAACGCUACCGGGACCGAGAGCGGGAGAAGGACAAAGAUCGGGACCGGGACAGGGAAGGGGACUCCAGCUCGUUGAAACACAAGAAGAAGAAAAGAAAACUCUUUUCUACCUCAAAGGAUCACAAAAAGGACACCAAAUUGUACUGUAUCUGCAAAACGCCCUACGACGAGUCAAAGUUUUACAUCGGGUGCGACCUGUGCUCCAACUGGUUCCACGGGGCGUGCGUGGGCAUCACGGAGAAGGAGGCCAAGAAGCUGGAGGACUUUGUGUGCAACGACUGCAAGCGCGGGCAGGACGGGGGCAGCAGCGAGGAGCUGUACUGCAUCUGCCGGACGCCCUACGACGAAUCACAGUUUUACAUCGGCUGCGAUCGCUGCCAGAACUGGUACCACGGGCGCUGCGUGGGCAUCCUGCAGAGCGAGGCCAACCACAUCGACGUGUACGUGUGCCCGCAGUGCCAGUCCACCGAAGACGCCAUGACGGUCCUGUCCCCGCUCACCGACAAGGACUACGAAGGGUUAAAAAGGAUAUUAAGAUCGUUACAGUCCCACAAAAUGGCCUGGCCUUUCCUGGAACCUGUGGAUCCCCAUGACGCACCAGACUACUACCGCGUGAUCAAAGAGCCGAUGGACUUUUCCACCAUGGAGACCCGUUUGCAAAAGCGACAUUACCAGAAGCUCACCGAAUUUGUGGCAGACGUGACCAAAAUCUUCGACAACUGCCGCUACUACAACCCCAACGACACGCCCUUCUUUCAGUGUGCGGAGGUCCUUGAAGCCUUCUUUGUACAGAAGCUGAAAGGCUUCAAAGCAAGCAGGUCUCAUAACAACAAGCUUCAGUCUUCUACAGCCUCUUAA